GGACGUGUCCUCAUAUUUGGUGUCUAAUUUGACAGCGGUGUAAAUCAUGGAUGAAAGCCGCUGAACAGGUGGCGUUUACCUCCACCUGUGUGUCGUGUGUAGGCAGCAGUGAUGGAGCGGUUAUGGGUAAGAGCGGACGGACUUUUAAGUUUAAUUUAAUCUUUUAAAGUCACAAUGUGACGUCUUGUUUUCAUACAUAUCACACUAAGCGCCUAAGCUAGCAGCCGUUAACCGUACGCCGAUUUCUUUUUUCCUAGGGUGGUGAAGUCAUGACCCGCCCUACUCUGCCUCUGAUUGGCUAGUGCUCGUUGCCGUCGUUGGUUGGAUUGGUUAUGAGGAGUGAGAUUGGUUAAGGUUAGGGUAAGAAUAUCAGGGUAAGCCAAUCAGAGGCAGAGUAGAGCGGGUCAUAACUUCGCCAUCCUAGGAAACCAAAUUUCACUAACCGUACGUUAGUGAUGUUGUAGCUUCAUUCAGAUGGAGAGAAACACGCAGCAGUGUUCCGCUAAUCAUCACUCACAGGACACAUCAGGUCAACAUCACCUUCAGAUGUUUCUCAUGUACUCCUUCAUGUAUGAAAUGAUGUGGAAAACAUUUUACAGUAUGACGCAGUUCAGUCCAGUGUUGGUGGAAACUGAAAAAUGAUCUUCCUAACAGUUUGACCUGAAGAGAAACAACGCUGACGGUCAGAUCAGGGCUGCAGAUGGAGAAUGGAGACCUGGGACACAUGAUGGGGGAGCCAGUGACUCUGAAUGUGGGAGGCUGUGUUUACAGCACGUCUCUGUCCACGCUGCAGCGCUACCCAGACUCCAUGCUGGGAGCCAUGGUCAGAGGGGACCUCCCCACCGUCAGGGACACACACGGAAACUACUUCAUCGACCGUGACGGCCCACUGUUUCGUUUCUGCUGUUUCAGCUACAUCCUCAACUUCCUGCGCACGUCAGAGCUGACGCUGCCGUGCGACUUCAAGGAGACCGAGCUGCUCAGGAAGGAGGCUGACUUCUAUCAAAUCGAGCCCCUGAUUCAGUGCCUGGGAGACCCCAAACCCCAUCUGCCCUACCCCACCGAAACCUAUGAGGAGGUGGUGGAGCUUUCCAGCACCAGGAAGCUGUCCAAGUACUCCAACCCUGUCGCAGUCAUCAUCACCCAGCUCACCAUCACCACCAAGGUCCAUGCUGUGUUGCAGUCCAUCUCCAGCAGUUUCACAAAGUGGAACAAACACAUGAUGGACACCAGAGACUACCAGAUGUCCUUCACCUUUGGACCAUGUGACCACCAACAGGAAGUCAGCCUGCGUGUCCACUUGCUCGACUUUAUCUCCAAAGCUGGUUUCGGGAUACGGAACACACGUGUUCACCACAUGAGCGAACGAGCCAAUGAAAACACAGUUGAACACCACUGGACGUUCUGCCGACAAGCACGCAAAGUCGAUGACUGACGGAUGAACUCGUAGAUGGAGUUACUGACAGACAGAAGAUGUUAUCAGAGUGUCUGCAUAGAGACAGACAGACUUGUUGGUGUUUUGUUCAUAAUGUGCUAAUGUUUUGUAUGACGUGUAUUGUCUGAAACAUUCCUGCUGUUUACUUGGAGAUAAAGCACAAGGUGCAGUCACAUUAAGGCUAGCACGUUAGCCGCAUGUCGUACAUUAGUAUUAGACUUUUACGUAUGUUGCCUUCGCUUUAUCAUAUACACAAUAUGGACAAAAAUAUGUGGACACCAUCCACAUACUUUAAUGUAAUUUUUUGGCAUUUUUGCCUUUAUUGGACAGUGGACAAUGAAGGAAAUAGGGAGAGAGAGAUAGGUAUGACAUGCAACAAGCGUCCCUGGCUGGAAUAGAACCAGGGAUAUUUUGGUUACGUGGUAUGUGCAAUAACCAUUCGACUAUCGAUGCACUCCUUCAGUGUACUUUUGAUCUGGGUCUGUUUUUCCUGGUUGGUCUAGUCCUUUUGGUUGCAAUGAAGGGAAAUCUUAAUUCUACAGCAUACUGAAAAAUGUUAUUUUGGGCAACAGUAUGCAUUCAGUUUUGUGGCAACAGUUUGGAUAAGGCCCUUUCAUGCUUCAGUUAAGUUCAUAAAGAAAUGGUUUUCCCACUUUGGUGGGAAGGAACUUGACUGGCCUAAACAGAGUCCUGACUUCAACUGGAAAACCGACUACGAGCCAGGCCUUAUCACCCAACAUCAUUGGCCAACCUCUUUAAUGCUCAUGUGGCUGAAUGGGAGCAAAUCCCUGCAGCCAGGUUCCUACAUGUGGUGGAAAGCCUAAAACCAGGAGUGGAGGCUGUUAUAGUAGCAGAUUAAUGACCAUAGUACUGGAAUCACAUGUUCAAACAUCACAUAAUGUCCAGCUGUCUGCAUACUUUCGGCCAUAUAGUGUAUGUUACUUGCAUAUCUGGCCUGUAUCAGUAGUAUAAGAAAUCUGUUCAGUGACUAGGACUCAAUAUUAACUGCAAAGUAAGCAAUCUGAAACAUAUUGUCACGUGAUUUUGUUUGACUCAGUUCUCCUUUAGUAAUUGUUCUGUGGCCCCACAGAGAGUUCUCACCAACUCUGCAGCUCUGCUGAGCUUUUUAGCCUUUUUUAGGCACAUUUACUGUUUUGGCUCAAUCUCAGUGUUUCCAGCAGCAGCAGGCAGCUGUUUUUUUCAGUAAACAAACUCUGAUAAAUCCAGUGUACACUACCUGCCCAGCACCAAACUGCAGACAAGACAAAGUUGGAGAAUAACUGGUGAAGAAAGUUAACAAACCAACCAGUUAGUCUUCAUCUUUGAAGUCUUUUCUCUUGUAAAACUGAAAAAUAUUGUUUGAAAACACUUUGUGUCACUUGCCCACAGAAUAUUUUUUAAAAAGGCUGCCUCACACUUUCCAAUGGUCUUGGUAUCCAAAAUGGCGAUGAUGGUAACAUAACACAGGCAGCUCUGUAAGAUACCCAGCCAUUAUACAUCAUAUCUGUGUACCUGACAAGGUGGAAAGCCAAAACAUCAGUUCAGAACUGGAGUGGAAUGUAUUUUUUAAAUGAUUGUAGGAAAUAUUAGUAAUUAAUAUCAGGAGUAGUUUUUAGCGAUGCUAGCAGUGCAUGUGGUUCUGUAAGGACCUUAGCCUCAGUCAGUCUUUUAGUCUGAAGGUUCAUAUCUGUGGUUCUGAGCAACAACUUGCUGUUGCCAUGAAAUUUGGUACUGGUUGAUUCUUGGUCCCCAGAUGAUGAAUCUUUGGUGACCUUCUGACCUCUCAUCUAGCUCUACUAGCUGCUCAAAACAUCCACUUGUCCUGUUUAGUUAAUGACAGAAAACUAAUGACUGAAUUCCUAUUAGCCUCAGCUACUUUGAGAUUAAUGCUAGUGUGCCACCACAGUAAACAUGCUAAGUCUUAGUAUGUUAUUAUGCUAACUCUAUACAUGUUUGCACAAAUGUUCCAAAAUAAAUGCAAUAUGGAACAAUCCC